AUGCCUGGGGAAGUACAGCACCCGAAUGGUGUAGAGGAUCUCACAGAGUGGCGUUCUAUCCGACCGUGGCGACCGACGCUUACCCUCUCUGUGCGUGAAAUCACAUCUGUUUCCGUAACGUUUGUCCUCUCCUCGCCCUAUACUGGUGCUGAGUCCGCGAACUCGGAGCCGUCUCUUGCCUCGCUUGGUCUCCAGUCGUCUGACGACGAUGCAGACACAGACAGCUCCAGUGCCGACGCCGCUCAGAACCAGAUUGUAUCGAACGUCCUCGCGAAGGGCUUGUCCGUAAAGGUGAACGGGAUACCGUGGCAGAGGGUGCUAAUGAAGAUAGACGACGAGGAUGAAGCAGUCAUCAUACUCUUUGGUCUGAUGCCCGGAAGGCAGUAUGAUGUCGAAUUGGGCUUGCUUCCUGGUGAGAGAAGCAUUCACGGGCAAAUAACUACGGAUGCCGAGGUGACUACAAACUCUGCAGAGCCAGAGUACCAACCUGAGGAGCCGACUGGUCUCGGUACAUCGCCACCCUUGGAGACAUUACCCGCUCCCCCGGUGGCCUCAACUCCCUCCAACGGGGAUGCCGGCUCUCCUUCACCUCCGCACCCUAAUGGUCACCCACCCUCCCCUGUACCAGCACUGACACUCGAAGAUCGACGCCAGCAACUAUUGCACACACUCAACAUGCUCACCUCCGAGCACUCCGCCCUAACGACCUCACUCAAGACCGCCCGGCGGGAGUCGCAGAAGGCCGACGCUGCGCUCCGCUCCGAGAUCGAUACACUGAAGCGCGCGUCCGACCGCCACGCUGCGGGCGAGCACCGUGGACGCCAGAAGGUGCUCGCACUGCAGGAAGCGGUCAAACAGACGCUCGCCGCAGCGAGGGAGAUCGAGGAACUGAUCCGCGACAGGGAGGCUGCGCUGCCUGGGCUGGAAAAGCGGAAUGACACGGUCGAGAAAGAGUGGAUGCGGGUGAAGGAGGGUGCGGCUAAGGUGAGGGAGAGCCGCGAGGAGACGGAGGGUAGGGAGAAGAGACGAGUGGAGGCCCUGCAGGCGGAGCUUGCGGUGAUGGUUAACAAGUUGGACAAGUUGAACGGGAAGCGGGAGAAGCUGGAGGGCGAGGGAGGGGUCGUCAGGGAGCUGGAGGAAAAGCUGAAGAAGCUGGAGGAGGAGAGGGAGCGAAUUGAGAGCGAUCCGUUUGGGUAUGAGGGCGAUAUCGGGGCGAGCGCAGACGCGGUGAGGAAGGAUAGAGAUGAGGGCAGUCGGGACGAAGGCUCCAUACUGGAUCCAGAUGGCAGGGGGCCCACAGAGUCUACUUCGCCAGAACGACAUAGCCAAGCUCAUCACCAUAAUCAUCAUUUACACCUCGUCCACCAACGAAAGCGCCACAGCCAUCCUCACAUCCAUCACGGCCCGCACUCCCAAUUUACACCUCCAAAACCGAUUGGGUUACCAGAUCCUAUCCAGCGGCCGCAGAACCAUGCACCUCGCCAGUCCCUCCCCGGACACAUGCACGCCAUCCCGGGCGUGAUCAACCUCAGUCCUCAUGGCCACAGCAAGACACUCACUACCCGCUUCGCCGGGCACUCACCUGCAUCUUCAUCGUCUGCAUCGACCUCAUCCACCCCCGCCAUCCCGCUGGGGAUCUCCCCACAUCCUGUGUCGGCCGCGUCAAGCUCGAAUUUGUCCAGUCGCGCUCCGCCGUUCGAACCGGCGGGCAUCGGGCGCCCGCACCAGCAGUCCUUUAGCUCAGUGUCUACCGGUCCCGGUGGGAAGUCUGAGCUAAAUCCCAGCAGCAUCCCCUUUUCUCCGCGCUCUGCUGCGGCACAAGCGGCGACAGAGACCGCUGCUCGGGUUGCCGACAGCGGUGUCGCAAAAUCCGUGCCAACUGUGCAGUAG